AUGGAAGUUAAUAUUAUAGAAAAUAAUGAAGAUUUAAAAAAAGACUGUGAGACCGUGACAACGAUUUGUCGUUGUUGUUUAUCGAAGGACAGACGUGGGACGAAUGUUAUGUUAUAUAGGCCAUUAUUUUUUGAAUUGGCUGGUGUUACAGUCACAGAAUCAGAUGGCCUACCUCAGCUACUGUGUUGGGAGUGCCUGGCGCUACUUAAGAAGACAGUUCUAUUCAAACAGAAGCUGCAACGGGCUCAUAAUUUGCUCUAUGAAUACCUAACUCGAUGUGCUCCGUUCUCAAUAGACGCCCAAGAUCCUGAAUUAACCAAGUAUAAAAAUCCACACCUCUGUUCCACAGCGACACUGGUGUUUGAUACAAGUGGCAGGAGUAAGACUGGCUUUCACAAAGUUCUUGAGCACGAAAAGCAGGAACAAAGUUCAGCACUGGUUAAUGUAAAUUUACUGCAACCAAUUGAAAAAACUGAGGACAAUGUUAAGGAAGAAGCAGGGUUUUCCGACUAUGAGGAUAAUAUCACUCUGGAGGAAUACAGAUCAAAUGUAUCCAAUGGUAAAGAAGACUUACUAUCAAUCCUCCGAGACGACGAGAGUCAAGUGAUAGAAGAAGGAACAGAAACAUCUAAGAAGAAGACGAAAAAGAAACAUGACAAGACUAAGAGAAAGAAGGCAAGUACAGAAGAAACAGGAGCAACGGUUACAGAGAAAAAGCAGGCACGCAAGACAUCAAUAAGAAAGCCUUUAGAGUUGGAUCCUACUAAGAUAAAAAUAAUUGUACUGAACCCCGAAGAACAGAUUAAACAGAGGGAGGAGGACAGCAAGGCCGGUCUAAAGUUUCCCUUCCAAUGUAAUCUGUGCUUUAAAGGAUUCAAUUUUGAGUCUAAAUUACAGAAUCAUAUGAAGAAACACAGUCCGUCACGGGGUCCGUUCAAGUGCGAGCUGUGCCGCAUGCACCUGCCCACCGCGUACAGCGCGAGUGUGCACGCGUUCAUCCACACGCGGCGCUACGAGUGCGUGCGCUGCGGCCGCCGCAUGACCGACCGCGCCUCCAUACUCGACCACUACAGCUCACAACACGAAGGUGUUCUUAAAUUGUACACGUGCCACAUCUGCGGAAAAAAUUCUAACAACAACAAAACGCACCGUGGCCAUAUGAGGAAUCAUCAUUCCGGGGAUCGGCCCACGUGCGAGGAAUGCGGGAAGAGUUUCGUCAACAAGGACUCCUUGAUCGAACAUCAGUUGAUUCACAAGGGGAUCAAGAACUAUGAGUGCGCGCAGUGCGGUGCGAAGUUCAGAACGCGAACGCAGAUUAAACUGCACCAAGGAAAGCACUCCGACGUGAAAGACUACUACUGCGUUGAAUGCGAUGUGAGGUUCAAAUCUGCCCACAGCCUUAAGCAGCACCUGUUGAAAAGCCUGAAACAUUUGGAUGUGCAAAGUCUUAAGUACAAGUGCACGCGGUGCGACAAGCGGUUCGUGUCGCAGGCGGCGCUGAGGCACCACAGCGAGGUGCAGCACGAGGGCGUGCGCGCGCACCGCUGCCCGCGCUGCCCCGCCGCGCUGGCGUCGCGCGCGUCGCUCGCCAAGCACGAGCGCGCCGUGCACGCCGGCCGCCGCCCGCCGCCCGCGCACGUCUGCGACACCUGCGGCCGCGCCUUCCGCGGCAAGAGCGUGCUGACCAACCACGUGCGCACGCACACGGGCGAGAAGCCGUUCGCGUGCGGCGAGUGCGGCCGCCGCUUCACGCAGCGCACCGCCAUGCGCACGCACCUGCGCCUCGUGCACCGCGCGCUCAAGGCCAAGCACGAGCCGCGGGAGCCGCGCGACGCCAAGCCGGACGAGGCGCCGCUGCUGUUCGACGACUGGGAGCGCACGGACGCCUACUUCCGCGUCACGGCGGGGCCCUGA